GCGGGAGGGAGCGCGGAGGAGCGCCGAGGCCAAGUGCAUUGUGUCUGGCGGCGGCGCGCGAUCCCACCGGCGGCUGCGGCGGGGCGGGAAGCCAUGGAGCCGCGGGCGCUCGUCACGGCGCUCAGCCUCGGCCUCAGCCUCUGCUCCCUGGGGCUGCUGGUCACGGCCAUCUUCACCGACCACUGGUACGAGACCGACCCCCGGCGCCACAAGGAGAGCUGCGAGCGCAGCCGCACGGGCGCCGACCCGCCGGACCAGAAGAACCGCCUGAUGCCGCUGUCGCACCUGCCGCUGCGGGACUCGCCCCCCCUGGGGCGCCGGCUGCUCCCGGGCGGCCCGGGGCGCGCGGACCCCGAGUCCUGGCGCUCGCUGCUGGGGCUCGGCGGGCUGGACGCCGAGUGCGGCCGGCCGCUCUUCGCCACCUACUCCGGCCUCUGGAGGAAGUGCUACUUCCUGGGCAUCGACCGGGACAUCGACACCCUCAUACUGAAAGGUAUUGCGCAACGAUGCACAGCUAUCAAGUACCACUUCUCUCAGCCAAUCCGCUUACGAAACAUUCCUUUCAAUUUAACCAAGACAAUACAGCAAGAUGAAUGGCACCUGCUCCAUUUGAGAAGAAUCACUGCCGGCUUCCUGGGCAUGGCGGUGGCUGUGCUGCUCUGUGGCUGCAUUGUGGCCAUGGUCAGUUUCUUCUGGGAGGAAAGCCUGACGCAACACGUGGCCGGCCUCCUGUUCCUCAUGACAGGGAUAUUUUGCACCAUUUCCCUCUGCACUUACGCCGCCAGCAUCUCCUAUGAUUUGAACCGCCUCCCGAAGCUAAUUUAUAGCCUGCCCAAUGACGUGGAACACGGCUACAGCUGGUCUAUCUUUUGCGCCUGGUGCAGUUUAGGCUUUAUCGUGGCAGCUGGAGGUCUCUGCAUCGCCUAUCCAUUCAUUAGCCGGACCAAGAUUGCACAUCUAAAGUCUGGCAGGGACUCCACGGUAUGAGUGUCCACACUCAAGUUCACUGCUCAGUGGCCCGUCCACAGUGAGGACAACUCCGGCGGGGAACAGAGCAGAGUUCGCAUCAGGAUCCCAAGCACAAAGCAGUCUUUCACAUUCCAACCUGUUGCCUGCCAGCCCUUUCUGGAUGACUGAUAGAAAAUCAUGCAAAACCUCCAUACCUUUCUUAGGACAAGACUACUGUGGAUUCAAGUGCUUUAAUGACUAUUUAUGCUUUGACUGUGAGAAAUAGGGAGCAGUGCCAUGGAACAUUUCUAGGCUUAGAAAAAAAAGGAAAUUGCAAUGGAAAACUUUGUUUGGUUGCCAUUUAUUUCAGCAAGUUUGUAUAUAACACUUACCUGAGAGUCAUUUCUAUUUGCAAAAGAAUUCAUAACAAAGUGAGUAUAAUUUUCUUGUCAUUCUAUCAUGCUUGUUAAAUUUCAAUACAGCAUCUUCAGAACUUGUCCUAAUGGUGUCUCCUGGCAGCACCAACUGUUUGUUUUUGUGGCUGUUCCGUGUCACAGGAAGAUUCUUCUUCUGUUGCCUUAUUUAUUUUUUUAAUUGAAGUCUCUUCUCCAUCUUUGUACUGGAACAAAAAUCAUAAGGAAAACAGACCAACCGUGUAAGAGCUAAUCCGUGACACUAUGCAGUAUUGUUUGAAGUCCUGUCUGUUGUCCACCCUCUGUCUCUUUCUGUUAACUGGAUUUCCCCAUUAAACAACUGGCCCCUUGUUAAUCCAGGUGUGCUUUCCUGUCUUCCAGCUGUGGCAAUGGGUUUUCCAGCCACACAGACAGAUGAGAACCUUGUGUUAAUAAGACUAUAACGAAGCCUUACUAAUUGCUCCAUCUCCAUUAGGUUGGUUGUUAUUAUUUGUCUUUUGUAUGUAGCAACCACACACUUGCUAUGCAAAAAAGGUGUUAUUUUCAAACUUUAAAAAAACCAAACACCUUACUAUAGUAUUUUAAAUUCCCCCACUGCCCUCUCUCUCUCUUCCUUUAUCAUCUGCCUGCUACUUAGCCAGUAAUGAGGAUUCAAGGUUUCCGACUUUCUCCCUCGACAACUAGGCCAGUAGGUUUCAACCUUGGCUGCCCGUCAGCAUCAUCUACACCUGCUUGCUUCAACCAUGCCGAAACUGGACCCCACCCCAGACCAGCUGACCCUGAAUGUCGGCAGCUGGGCCUGAGCUUGAGUGUUUUGAAAAACAUCCCAGAGGAUCCUGACUGGCAGCUGGGAUUGAGGGCCGCUGUUCUGGGCCGGGGAGCUGCAGUUGGCGCCUUAGCAGCUAACACAUAUGUAACUCUUACUUCGGGCCAGUAACUGGACUACAUUUUUUCCAGGUAUGAUUUCAGACUCGGAAUGCUUGCUUCCUUUCCCUGGGUGUAGAUACAGUACAGCAGCUCCAAUCCUCCAUUGUGUUUCCUUAUCUGAAAUGGAAGGGUGGGAACUAGCUCACUUCUAAGUCUUUCCUUUUAACUCCAACGUGAUCCUCUGUUCUAUACACAAUGUGGGAUCAAAAUGCUCUUUAAAAUAGAGGAAGAUGCCAACUCAUUUGGUACUCAUAAAAGGAUAAUGAUAACCUACCCUCCUCCCCUGCCUGGUGAAGCCUGACUCCCAAGUGGCAGUGUUCAUAUAAAGUGACACUCGCCUUUCGGAAGAGGUGAGGUGGUCCCGGACACCAUUGGAGCUCCUGCCCGGGCCUGUGGGGUUACACCCGUGCGUACACGCCCUGGCAAUCUCUCAGGCCUGUUUUAUAAACCCGUCCCUCUGGGUGAGAUCAGAGAUGUACAGAAAGGGGCAAUUAUUUUUAUUUAUUACUUAUGUGGGAAAAUCUCAAAGCAGGAGAGCCGUUUCUUUGAAGUCUUCUUUAAAGAUCCCCGUAGAAGAUGUCGAGACUCUUGAACAUUUAUAUUCCAACCACCAAAGCAGUGUCUGAGUGCCUGACUUUUGAAGUUUCUGAAAAGCUUCCUAGGGGUUUGGAGUGAGAAUGGAAAAAAGCCUCAGACUGACAGAAGGUUGAAGGGUUCACGCACCAGAAAAAUUUGCCCAGAAGGGGGAAAAGUUCAGUUAGGAUUCAAACGUAUUCUGGCGAGAACAAAGCCUCGCCGCGUUCCAGGCAGAGUCAGCUCAGAGCGGGAGCGGGUGCCCCAGGUUCCCGCUUUCUAUUUCCCGCCAGGGAGGGCGAGCCAAUGUUGCCAAAUUUGAGCGCUUAGCCUCCAGUCCUUCGGAUUCUCUCUUUUAAAAAACAUUUUUACUUAAAAACAUUUCCUUGGGCUUCUCUUAAGGUUAUUUCCUUAAUUGGCUUGUGAAUGAAGCGAUUGGAACAGCCGCACCACUCCAUGUGGGGCAGAAUAAUGUAUUGAGACAAUUUGUUUUUUCUCUUCCUGUUCUCUCUGUCCCACCUCUACCCACUUGCCUGUAGCCAGAGACUAGAGAGAGAAAAUGAUGAGAGCAAAUUUACAGCCAGCCAGUAAAUUGCAACAUCUUAUCUUCCCCAAACUGAGGACAGGUGGAGAGCAAAUGGUUUGUACCUUUCCUCUCUAACCAGCGAGUAAAUAGCUUGAAUUACCUUGGUCAGGGAGGUAGAAAACAGAGACCCAGUCAGUGCCAUUCAUGCCAGGCAAACCCAAGGACUGAGAGAGUCAGAGGAAUAAAUAACAACAACAACAAUAAAAACAAUCAAACAAAUCUGAGACCGAGGCAAAGCUGACCAGAACAUGAGGCUGGUCCCUGUAUGCACUCAUUUGCUACAUCUACAUGUUGUUAAAAACACACCUGGAACACUGAUGACUACUCUGCUGAGACUCUCCCCUGGGACGCCCCCCCCCCCCCCACCAGGGUUCCUGGCUGCAAAAGAGACAAGAAGCUUCCAGGACAGUGCAGGCUGUCUCCGGCGCAGGCAGGCUCUCUCUGGAGCAUGCCCACACCUUUUCUUUCUCUGCAUGUACUUUCUCCUAAACUCUGAGGGUCUCCCCGAGGCUUGCGACCAGGGGAGCAGCACACAGUGAGUGGCAGCUUGUUUCAGGGCUUAGCUCCUGAACGUGUCUCCGAGGCCCCCUCUCUUCUGACGUUUUUAGGCAGCCAGAGCAGCCCCACCUAGGAUCUCUCCUGCUGCUUGUUCUUCUAUCCUAAGCCCUUCCUUUGUUUCAUCAUCCCCAGUUUUAAUA